CAUCCAUCCCCUCAGCGGCCUCCACCCAUGUCUCCAAUUUCGUUCCCGACCAAUUCCCCUUCACCUCGUGAUAUCUCCUCUCGAUCAAAACCUCCAACCAUCUCACCCCCGCGCCUCCAUACUCGCAGCCGCUAUAGCCUCUGGACGCGUGUGCACUCGAGCAGAGGGCUUCGUCUCCGCGACCACUAAAGCAGGAGCUCCCACGGCCACUCAAUCGCCAAGGAGUCACGCGUCCCCAUGGCCGUCCACGAGCUCCACCCAUGGACAGCAGCCGGAGCCUCGCGCCACCAGUCUCUAGCUCGCCCCACAAGCUGCCCCGACCCCGCCGCUGUCAGCAGGAACUCCACCCCUCCAUGGAAGUUCCGCAAACAGUCAUCGUCCUCGCCGAAGAACCGACAGCCGCGCAUCGAGCGCCGCCUCUUCCCGGUCAAUCCCCGCCAUCUCCAUGUCGCAAGCACGCCGAAAGCACCAGCGCCGCCCCUGCUCUGCUUCCUGGAACGGUCGCUGUUGCUAUCAGCUUUGUUGCGUGCCUGCGAGCACGCACGGCAGCGCCAUGGACCUCCGCUACCUCGAGCUUCCCUGCGCCCCAGACCAUGUCCCCUCGGUGACGAAUCCGCACGUCCCGCCGCCCAAGCUCCGUCCGGCCAUCUCCUCGCCUCGCUGGAGCUGCCUCCUGUUGCGCCGCCCCUGCAACGAGCGAGGAGCUCGCCUACCUGUGUCAACCGCCCGAGAUGACACCGUGCGUAGAUCCGAUCGGGGCAGACAUGGUCCAGUCUCGCCACGGCCCAGCUGCGUGCAAAGGCCCAGGCCUAGCACACCAGAUGUGCUCGCUUUCAGGCCCGCGUGGUGAACGUCCCCCUUAGCCCAAUCUUUCACCCUGGGCGUAUCAUAGUUGUGUUGCUUCCAACAGAUUCGGCCCAUUGUAUUUUUUUUCUUCCUCACAACGAAUUUGCCUAAUUAUCCACUGAAUAACAGAUUUGCACAAAAAACCCUAGACUUCAUGCA